AUGGCUCGCAACCAAUACGGAGCGGAUGGUACGUUAGAUCGCAUGCUUCGUCUCAAUCACCGGCAAAGAGGAGUCCCGGCCAUCUUCAUCCAUGCGGGAGCCGGAUUUCACAGCCAUCAAAACGAACAUGUCCACCUCGCAGCCUGUGUAUCAGCUGCCGAGAUGGGCAUGAAGUUCCUAAAAGCCGGUGCCACCGCAACAGAAGCAGUCGAGGCUGCUUUACGAGUUCUCGAGGACAAGGAAAUCACCAAUGCAGGAUAUGGUUCCAACUUAUCUAUCGAUGGAACUGUCGAGUGUGAUGCAACCAUUGUCGAUCACCUUGGCCGAAGCGGUGCUUGUGGCGCUGUUCCCAAUAUACGCAAUCCAAUAUCUCUUGCGAAACUCAUUCUAGACACCAGCAGCCUGCCACUGAGUCUUCGACGUGUUCCGCCCAAUGCACUCGUAGGUGAGGGUGCUCGUGCCUUUGCUGAAGAGCACGGCAUGCUUACCUGCGCAAAUGAGUAUCUCGUCUCCAAGAAUUCUCGUGAUCGGUUCUUCCGAUGGCAAGAGGAUCUAUUACGGGCCGAAGAAAAGUUACAUGACGCUCGAGCAGACUCAUCAUCGCAUUCCGCGUCGAUGGGCUGUGUUCCCUGCCAAUAUGACACCGCUUCAAGUCUCGACACUGGUCAAACCUAUCCGCGGGAUCAUACGGCGGCGAUCUUGGCCGGGACGUGGAAUGAAGGCCAGCCUGAUUCGCCGUAUGGCGGAACAUUGAUUCUUGACUCACCUGAUGCACAAGAUAGCUCGGUAUUUUCCUCCCGAAACCUAGUUUCCGCGCCGACCUCGGCACUACAGUCUGCACGGGUACAAGCGAGCCGACCUACCUCGGGCCCAAGAGCUCUUGCAGAGACCAGCUAUGCGGGACAAUUAUUGCCUCAACCACAACAGUAUGACAAUAAGGUCGAUGCCGUUGGAGGCGGCGCCAAGAUUUCCGAGGCGAGACGGAAAAGGGCGCCCGAGGGCCUGCUGUCAGUGAGCAAUCCUUUUCGAGAUGGUUCGUCCUCGCCCAAAAAAUACGCAACAUUGGAUUAUUACGCGCCGACGAUGGUGGGCAACAACUUGCCCAUCCUGGUUAACCUGCACGGUGCCAAACGUCCACUGGGCAUGGAGAAUCAACAAAAUCGCUCCGGCGAGCCUGUAGCCAAGCGCCAAGCACAGUCGAACAGAGGUCAAGACGACAUCAUCACGGACACUAUUGGUGCUAUCGCGAUUGACGACGAAGGGAGGAUUGCCGCUGGAUCCUCAUCCGGAGGUAUUGGCAUGAAGCACCGGGGACGAUUAGGUCCAGCUGCCCUGGUCGGCAUCGGUACUGCUGUUGUGCCUUGUUCAGAGAACGACGAAGAGGGAGUCACCGUAGCUGCUGUGACAAGCGGAACCGGUGAGCACAUGGCAACAACGAUGGCAUCCCAAAGAUGUGCAGAAAGAAUCUAUAACGGAACCCGACGUGAUGCAGGGGGUCAGGAUGUUAAGGAUGACGAUGAAGAUGCCAUCAUGGAGUCAUUCAUAGCGCACGACUUUAUGAACCACCCCGGAGUCAGGGGCUGCAAUUCGCAGGGUGCCAUUGGCAUCAUGGUUGUCAAGAAGUGUCGAACCGGCUACUAUCUAUACUUUGCACACAACACAGACUCGUUUGCUCUCGCAUCCAUGGGCGCACUAGAAAAGGAUCCGCGAUGCACCAUGUCCCGACUUCCGGACGGUGCUAAGAUUGCCAAGGGCGGACGCAAGAUACGGAUAUUUUGA